AUGCCCGGUACCGACGUCUACAAUUACGUUUUUGUUCACAAAACGGUAAAUAACAGUUUCCCCAACUGGACAGGCGCUAUGCACGGCUACGAAAUUAAAUACCUCUUCGGAAUGUCAUUUUCCGAGAAAUGGCUGAAUGAGUUUUCUAAUUACACAUAUAACGAGACCAAGACGAGUCUAUUUGUAAUGAAAAUAUGGGCAAAUUUCGCUCGAGUCGGAGAUCCGAGCAGACAUGAAUUUAUACCCCCAAUGUCCUCCACCUGGCCGAAAUAUGAGGUAAACUCGCGAAAAUACAUGGAAAUAGGUCUGGAUUUUAAAGUCAAACAGCAUCGUCGCAAGGAGUUCUGCAAGUUCUGGAAUGACGAGCUAUCAACAUUUGUCCGAGACAAAGUGGCUCAGGAAGGCAGGCCAGCAAAUGCGUGUCUGAGCAUAGAGCCCUACUUCAAUCAGCAUCGAAAACUGUUUAAAUUUAUCAAUGCAACUAAGGACAAUGAUACCGAGACCGACUAA